AUGACACGCAGAUUGAUUCUCGAAGAGAUAAUAAAUAAUAUACGGGAACAACCGGAAACAACACCCAUACUUGCGCUUACAAAGACGUACGGUAAAUUAUGGCCGCAUUGUGAAGACGCAAGGAUCGAAGAAAGGAAGAAUGAAGUGUUCCAACACAUUGCUCAAUCAUCUUAUAUUCCCUUACAAACAAAUCCACAGCAAGCCCCGCCGCCAUUCAAAAUAGCAAUUCUCGACUCUUCCUUCAAUCCCCCAACGAAGGCUCACGUACAACUCCUCCUUAACUCGCUUACCACAUCUCUUUAUGCACCAUUCACCAAUGAACCAGUAAAAGUAGAGUUUGAUGCGUGCCUAUUAUUAUAUUCUACCAAGAAUGCGGAUAAAGUCCUAAAGGAGCAUGAUGCUGGUCCUGUUGAUAGAGUAUUGAUGAUGGAGAAUGUGGCCGAGUAUUUAAAUGAGAUAGCUAAAGGAAGGGUAACAAAAGAAAAGGCGUCUGCUGAUGAAUCGAACAGUUCAGUAGAUUACAAAUUAGCAGAGAGUCGUGAUGACAUCAGCAACAACGAAAUGUCUUCAACCGCCAAUGAUGCAAAAUUUCAUUCAAUCCAGAACAUUGCGGUAGGAAUAACCAAUUCAUCCCGAUUUACGGACAAAUCACGCGCUCUCUUAUCUUAUUGUUAUCCAGCGUUUUCGCCUUGCCUAUAUUUUAUAUUGGGCUUCGAUACACUCAUUCGUCUGUUUUCUCCCCGUUAUUACACUGACAUCUCCUCGUCGCUUUCCUUUUUGUUCUCUAAUUCCUACACAAUUUACGCCGAGCGCGAUAUUAAUGAUAAAACAGUUGAGAAUGAGUUUUGGCGCGGAAAUAAAUGGGCUAAAGAAUAUGCGGACAAAAUAUAUAGGGUAGAAAUUGACGAUGAC